UUAAAAAUUUUGUGUUUUUAUUUUUGUUUAUGUUUGCAUAUUAUUUAUUAUUUUUUGUUUACAUUGCACAAAAAUUGAACCAAUUUAUUGUUUAUAUUUUUAUGAAGUGUUUGUAAUAUUCAAGAGAACAACUCCAAAUCUCGUUUCCAAAUGGACUUUGAUUUAUUCGAAGUAGAAGACGAUGACAUAUUUUCAUCUCUCUGUAUUGCUCCAACACAACCCGACCUAGCCAGCAAUCCUAUUCCAGAAUUUAAUUGCACUGGAGAAGAUUCAACCAAUGUGCAGUUCUCAACUGAUUCCUUUGUCAAAAAUCUAUUUGCAUUGAAUCAGAAGAACGCUGCCAUCGAUGAAAUAUCUUUGUCUUCCUAUGGUUUUCAACAUGCAUCUUUACAAACCACUUUAGUUCUUAAUUGUGUAGUUGGAGAAGUAAGAAUGUCCAUUCAAAACUUAAUGGCAAGUCUAAAAAAUCCAAUUGAAACAGAUGAUGGACUUUCGUACUAUCAACGAAGAAGGCAAGUGACCUUGUUCUAUCAUUUGAUUCUUGCCAAAAACUCUGAAAUGCAUUGGUCUCUUGUGGAACAGCAUUUAUCUAGUUUGAGACACUUGCUAAAUCGAAUAACAAGCAAAGAUGUUUUGAAAUUGAUUUACAUUGCUAACAGUUCUAAGGGAAAUGAGACAAACACAUCGGCAUAUCAUUUUCUUCAUGGAUGUCUCGAAUGGAAGCUAUUGGAUCUCUUUAUUUUACAACAAACUCGUUUGGAACUGUCUGCCGAAUCAAAUAACGAGGCUAAAUCUUCAUUGUUUGACACUCAAUUGGAAAGAAUCUUCGACGAUCUGACAAUUUGUUCGAUAUUUUUGUACAAAAAGAAAAAAACAACUGAACUUUUAUUCUCAUCGCCAUUCCCUUGUACAUGCAUCAAAGAAACUUGGUUGGUUUUGCAGAUAUCGAUUGAGAAAUGGCAAGGCGAAAACUUUUGGAAGCUCUUCAAUCGAACUUUGGAUAAAUUUAAAUCCAAAUCAGAUGAAUUUGGUUUGACACCACAAAGUUUUGCUGAAUUUACAAUUUGGAUGAUAAAGGCUCUCAUGAGAUUGCAAGGAUAUCGUUCGAAUGGUGUAUUUGAGGGACCACAUUAUCCAAGAGUCACAGAAAACUAUGAACAACUCGAAAAUACAGUUCAAAUAUUUUUCAGUUCAAAUCCAAAUGAGGAACAAACGAGGAUAUUUAUUUGUAUGCUUAUGCCAAUUGUACUGGAAUGGUGGAAACCAAAAGUAAAUAUUCCAAUGAUAUUGUGGGAACAUUUUCACAAAAAAUUGAAUUCAUCAUUUUUUGUUUCUGGAUCAGCGCCAUCGAAUUUGGCUGUUUCAAGCAUCUCUGGCAAAGGAUAUCUCGAUAAAUCUCGUUCAUUGCUUAACCAAUGCGUUCCUGAUGCAAAUCUUUCUAGUUUUUCUCUCUUCACAAUUGUAAUUGGCAAAACUAUUGAAAGAUUAAAUCAAAUCGAACAAACAAAUCAAACUCAAAAGUUACUUGGAAGAAUCUAUUCAAAGUUUAGUUUAGCCAAAUUCUUGGCCCUGAAUGAAACUGGAAUUCAUCAUUUAAACGAAUUGUUUUUGUCUUUGGCUUUAAGCGGUGAUUUUAAUGAUAUCGCACCUAAACUACGAGAAAAACUUUUAUCAAUUUCAUUAGACAAAGUAGUGGCCAAUAGACAAAUAGCAGUUGCUAAAGGUCAUAUUGCCCUGUUGAUUUUAUUUUCUGAAAAACAAUGCAAUAUUUCUGAAUAUGCUUCAAAACUAUUACAACAAUUAGGAAGUAUUAGAAACGAUGUAGCUGUUUCAAAAAUAAUCGCCGAUGGACUAUUGGAUAUUUUCAAAAAUGCACAAGAUUUUGAUAAAGGAGAAAAUGUUUUAAUUGAUUCUUGGAUUCCAAAUUUCUUGAAUGCAUGUACACCAGCAGAACAAGAGCGGUCACUUGAAGCUUUACAUUUAAUUUUUGACAAAAUCAAGAAAAAUUCACAUCUCAUAUCAGGACGAGAUCGUCUUUGUCAUAUUCAAGCCUUAAUCAAAUCCUUAAAUGCUCAUAUUUUGCCAUAUGUAAAACAAAACUUUAUGACUAGUUUUUCACCAUGGAUUCCAAGACUAGCUGCUGAAUUUUGCAUUUUAGCCACCACAAACGAACAAGGUGGUUUUCUCAAGAAUUAUAAAUUCUUUAUCGAUGCAGCGACUAGUAAUCGACAAGCGGUUCCUAAGUUUCUACUGACCAUCUUGGAAUCGGAAAAAUCAAACCUUGUCGACUCUUCGACAAUAGUUCAAGUUUGGUUGAGAAGCUUGAUACAACUUUCAGCUAACAAUGAGGAUGUAGUAAACCUCACGGGUAUUGUAUCGCGUCUUGAAGAAUUUCAUUACGUGACUGAUAUAAUCGAUAGCGAAUCGUUAAAAUCCAAGGAACCUCUUUGUGUAUUUGUGUCGGCUGUGGGAAAAUGCUUUGAUUCAUGUACAGAUCCAAACCGGAAGAGAGCUAUAAGUGACAAAUUUAAUGCCUAUCUCAACUCAUUUGAAAAGUGGGUCCCAGAUAAGAAUGAAAAGUCUGAGGUUAUGUUUAGAUUUUACAGCUUUAUAGCAAUUGUAGUAUACAAUUGCGCAAAUAUUGUUUAUGCAAGGUCGAAAAUAACAUGCUUCUUUCAUGUGGCCUUAACUCGUUUUAUCCUGCCAACAACAAUUCAAAUGGGGAAACCACCCGAGGGCAAACUUGAUCAUGUGAUACAUAAAGUAUGGCCAGUUCUUGCCCAAGGUAUUGGUCGGCUUAAUUUCCGCAGUGAUCCAUACAUAACCAAGACUCUAAAUGACCUAGUAGCGAAAUGGACUCCACAUUUUAAAAUUUCCCCAAAUUCCAAGAUAGUUGCACGUCCAUUUGUUGCUUGUUUAAAAGGCGACAAUGAGAGUCUGUCACUUUUUGUAUUCGAAAAGUUGACUUCUUUAUUUUUGGCUACACAACGAAGACAGGCCGAUCCGAAUGCAUGUUUGGUGAUAACAAUUUUUCAAGAAGUUGUUGAUGCUGUUGAAGAUGAUGAGAGCAGAAUGCUUGUAGUUCUUAAAGCCAGUUGUUUGACUGUUCUUGAGCACACGAUGAUGGUGGAUGAGAUUAUACCAAGUCAUGGGUUGAUGUUGGAUUUGCUAAGGAAAAUUGUCAAGAGUAGUGCUUUUGAGAAGUCUGUUGCUAUGAGAUCUCUUAUAGCUGAACACAUGAGAAUAAUUGCUAAAAGACAUUUGGCUUAUUAUACGUUUUUCUAUUUUGAAUUGCUGAUGAAAAUUGUUAAUAUUUGUUGUCCUCUAGUUGAGGAUGUAAUGGAGUAUUUGCUGGAAGAGAUAGCUGUGGUAGAAGCAAAGAGGGGUGGUGGUGAAGAUAAUCGAAUAAGGACAUGUGUUGAAAAACUGAAAGGAGCAAUUGUCGCUGCAAACAAAAGAUAACUAUUUUUUUUUUUUUUAAUUUAGUGUUACGGUUAUGUUUUAAGUUAUAUUUUUUGUCAAAUAAAUAUUUAAUUUUUUUAUAACGCUCAA